ACGGAUUCUAUCAAAUAUUUUACAUUUUCUAUGAUCAUCUUUAUUUCAGGUAUUCGGGGUAUUCUCCUUAAUAGACGAAAUAUUCUUAUUAUGUCAAUGUCAAUUGAAUCAAUGUUAUUAGCUGUGAAUUCGAACUUUUUGGUAUUUUCUGUUUCUUCGGAUGAUAUGAUGGGUCAAUCAUUUGCUUUAUUGGUUCCAACGGUGGCAGCUGCGGAAUCUGCUAUUGGGUUAGCCAUUUUCGUUAUUACUUUCCGAGUCCGGGGUACUAUUGCUGUAGAAUCUAUUAAUAGCAUUCAAGGUUAA